AACAUUAUUCAUCCAACAUCAUAUCCAUUAAUCUAACAUCAGAUUCAUUGAUAUUUGUGAGUGUUUCAACGUCAGAUUUAUUUAAAAAAAAUUAAAACUAUUGUUCGAAAUCCAUCAUCAAAUUCAUUAGAACAUCAGAUUGGGUAUCUUCGAAAUUAUAUGGUCUAAUAAAUUGAUCCCAUCAAUUGGGUUCUCUCUCUCUGUCUCAAUCAAUCAAAAGUCUAUGAAGACUUAGACCAUCACCACCACUGCGCUGCACUGUUUGUUUGUUUCAGAAAUGGCUUCUUCAAUCUCCAAUGAAGUAACCCACGAUUUCUCUAUCCUAGGCCUUCGAGUUUACAAAGACGGCCGAGUCGACAGAUUCAAAGGCACCGAUAUAGUCCCUUCCUCAACUAAUCCAGAAACUGGAGUCCAAUCCAAAGAUGUGGUUAUCAAUCCAGAGACUGGCUUAUCUGCAAGGCUCUACAUCCCCAGAAUUCCCAACCCACACCGUAAACUUCCUCUUCUUGUCUACUUUCAUGGCGGUGGCUUCUGCAUCGAAACCGCCUUCUCUCCUACAUACCAUAACUAUAUCAAUUCACUUGUCGCCGAAGCCAACAUCGUUGUGGUCUCUGUUGAUUACAGAAGAGCCCCCGAGCACCCUCUCCCAACCGCUUACGAUGAUUCUUGGGCCGCUGUCAAGUGGGUUGCUUCUCACUCGACCGCUAAUGGUGGUGAGGUAUGGCUAAAGGAGUACGUUGAUUUUGAUCGGGUUUUCUUUGCUGGAGAUAGCGCAGGUGGUAACAUAGCACACAACAUGGCAAUUCGGGUCGGGUCGGAUGGGCUGGAUGGUGUGAAGAUUGUUGGGAUGGUUUUAAUCCAUCCAUAUUUUGGAGGGAAGGACCCAAUUGGAUCUGAAGGUGAUGGCGCGGCUACUGAUAAAUUCUGGCUCUUUGUGUAUCCAUCGUCUAGUGGAUCUGAUGACCCGUUAUUCAACCCGGUUGUGGAUCCGAAGUUUUCGAGUGUGGUUUGUGACAAGGUGUUGGUAUGUGUAGCUGAGAAAGAUUUUUUGAAGGAUAGGGGUUGGUAUUACAAGGAGGAGUUGGGGAGGAGUGGGUGGGAAGGAGUGGUGGAGAUUAUGGAGGUUGCAGGGGAGGAUCAUGUGUUCCACUUGAUUAAACCGACUUGUGAAAAUGCUGUGGCUCUGCUCAAACGAGUGGCUUGUUUCUUGAACGAGGACAAAGCCUAGUUCUUUGGGUUGUGUAUUGUUCUGUUUUUUUUUAAUGUUUCUUGCAAAAUUUGAUUAAAUAAUGUAGUGUUAGGCAUCCAAAUGUUUUAUGAAUAUUUUUAUCAAUCUUACAUGUUUGUGAGUCCUACAUUUAUGUAAGACAUCUAAGUAAAAUGUUAGUAAAAUAUUUGUGAUUUCUAGUAUUUUCCAAUAAUGAAUAAAUCAAUUUGCAAUUCUUUUACUGCAUUA